CCUCUGGGUUCCUGAAAGGGUUAUUCUGCCUUAGACUGGCUAUAAAAAUGCUAUUGGCCGUUACUUGGCAUGUCCAAAGUGCAGUCAGGGUGUCUUCUCUCUCCAUCCAGUGCACUUGUUAUUUUGGCUGAAAGGAAGUAAGCAGCACAUGUGUCCAGAGCAAAGAUGGAUCAACAGGAUGUAAUCAAGAAGGAAGGGAAGCUGACCCUUGUGCUUGGCCUGGCGACGCUGAUAGCUGCCUUUGGGUCCUCCUUCCAGUAUGGGUACAAUGUGGCUGCUAUUAACUCCCCUGCUGAGUUCAUGAAAGAAUUUUAUAAUGAGACCUACUAUGAUAGAACCAGCGAUUACCUGAGCGACUUUUCCUUGGCAUUGCUGUGGUCUGUUUCUGUGUCCAUGUUCCCCUUCGGAGGCUUCAUCGGAUCCCUCGUGGUUGGUGUCUUGGUGAAUAAGCUUGGCAGAAAAGGGGCUUUGCUGUUGAACAAUGUCUUUUCCAUCGUGCCUGCCAUCUUAAUGGGAUCAAGCGAAGUUUCCAAGUCAUUUGAGAUGAUCAUCUUGUCCAGACUUUUGGUGGGAAUAUGUGCAGGUCUGUCUUCCAAUGUUGUCCCUAUGUACUUAGGGGAACUGGCCCCUAAGAACCUGAGGGGCGCUCUAGGGGUGGUGCCCCAACUCUUCAUCACUGUUGGCAUCCUCGUGGCCCAGAUCUUCGGUCUCCGGAGUCUCCUAGCAACUGAGACAGGCUGGCCGGUCCUCCUGGGGGUGACCGGGGUCCCGGCAGCACUGCAGCUUCUCCUGCUGCCCUUCUUCCCCGAGAGCCCCAGGUACCUGCUGGUUCAGAAGAAAGACGCGGCAGCUGCCAAGAAAGCGCUGCAGAGGCUGCGCGGCUGGGAUGACGUGGACGCUGAGAUGGAGGAAAUCCGGCAGGAGGAUGAGGCUGAGAGGGCGGCAGGUUUCAUCUCCAUCGUGAAGCUCUUCCAGAUGAGGUCCCUGCGGUGGCAGGUCAUCUCGGUCAUCGUCCUCAUGGGAGGCCAGCAGCUGUCAGGAGUGAAUGCGAUCUACUACUACGCAGACCAGAUCUACGAGAGUGCUGGGGUCAAUACCAAUGACAUCCAGUAUGUGACGGCGGGCACAGGGGCUGUCAACGUGGUGAUAACCGUCUUGGCUGUGUUCGUGGUGGAACUCUCGGGGCGGAGAGUCCUGCUCCUCCUCGGCUUCUCCAUCUGCUUCACUGCCUGCUGCGUGCUGACGGCCGCUCUGGUUCUGCAGGAGACAAUAUCGUGGAUGCCUUACCUCAGCAUCACCUGUGUCGUCGCCUACGUCAUAGGACAUGCCCUUGGGCCCAGCCCCAUCCCCGCGCUGCUUAUCACUGAGGUCUUCUUGCAGUCCUCCCGUCCGUCCGCCUUCAUGGUGGGAGGCAGUGUCCACUGGCUCUCCAACUUCGCUGUGGGCUUGGUUUUCCCCUUCAUUCAAGCGGCCCUUAAAGCUUACAGCUUCGUCAUUUUUGGCGUAAUAUGUCUUCUCACCACCAUCUACACUUUCCUGGUUGUUCCUGAGACCAAGGGCAAGACAUUCAUGGAGAUCAAUCAGAUUUUUGCCAAGAUGAAUAAGGUGUCAGAGGUGCACCCAGAAAAGGAGGAACUGAAGGAAUUUCCAUCUUCCACUUCGGAGCAGUAACUUAAGAGGAGGGGCCUGUGUAGAGCUCCUUUCUUGGGCUUUUUUUUGGACUAAUAGUUAUCUAUAAAUAUCCAGAACUAGGACAAAUCCAAUGUGGAAUGCAGGCCCUUCUGGGACUGCCUGAGGGGCUCUGUGCCGUUGUUAAAGCCAGGCUGUCUCUCUCCGGAUUGACUCAUCAGCAACCCCGAAUCAUAGUGAGCAGCUGUCCCUCAGCCAUGCUGGGUUAGCCAUUGUGUGGCUCCUGGUAACACCAGCUCUCAUAAAAAAAAAAAAAUCAUUACUAUGGUGGCAAGAUGGAAGGAAUCAAAUUUGGCCAGAAAAACAAACUUUUCUCCAUUCCAGUAGGUGUUCUGGGGACCCUGGGCAUGUGUUCAUAGAGGAAUUCAGCCUCUUGUCAGAUCCAUUUCCAGAAUCACCGCUCUUGGAAAAUGUGAUGUCACAAGUAAUGGUGUCUAAGGAGCAGGGGAACAGGUCUCUAUGGAGACUCUAACUGAGUCAGAGAUUAUUCCUAAAUUAUAUUGUUAGAGGAAUUGCCUCUGUAUACGCAAUAAAACAAAUGUGAUCAUUUUCCACCAAGAUGUGCUUCUUUUCUGUAAGUAGGGCGUGGGGGACGUUCCCUUCUCCUUCAAGCAGUUUGACUGAGCUGGAGUGUCAGCCCUUUGAAGAACACCGGUUUGGCCAGUUUUGUUUGUCACCGAAUCCCCACUGCCUAGAACAAACAUGGCGGAGGAAUUCAGGCAAUAUUUCCUGAAAGAAGGGGAAAAGUGAGAGGUGAGGUUGUUGCAAAGGUGUGAUUUUUUUAAAUUUAAGAUUGGGGAAGCCUCUGCACGUUUUCAGGUGUAUAGGGAACACCGAGGGGUCCUGAAGGUGUGACAGGCAGGGAGGAAACAAGGAGAGAGUGCCCCCCACACAUGCAGCAGAACUAGAGGCUUUUCUUAGAGACCUGUGUGUGUGUGAAGAAAAUGUGUACAAAAAGGUGGAAAAAACGUUGAGAAAUGGGAAAAGAAAGUGGAGGGACCACCUACUGAAGGGCCUCUGGCAGGAUACAAAAUCUUCUGGGAUUUAGAGGGGCAGAGGCCAGGGGCCAGGCGGGACAGAGGUGGAAUUGGGAGCAGCUUUCAUGUGAGUAGAGGGGUGAAUUAAAUAACUUAUAAGAAUAGUGAGGGCACAGACAAAUGGCACAAUGCUGGGGUUGAACCAUCCUUGACCUUGUGCACCGGAGAUCUGCAGUGUGGAGGGGCCACAAAAAACAGACGAAGAAGAAGCUCUCAACUCUGAAGAGCAUUAAGGCUGGAAUGUCAGAAGUCAAAGGACGGUGGCGUUAUUAAUUCAGGUCAUGUUACCCACAACACCUUGUGCUCCAGAAGGCUGUGGAGUUCCUGACUCUGGAGGUCUACUCCCUGGGGCCAGCCUUGGCUCUGCCACGAAGUAACUGCGCAACUUUGUCAACUUCCUUGGCUCUUCUGUACCUCAGUUUCCUCUUCUGUUAAAUGGAGCUA